AUGGUACUCGCCGACAACAGCGCGUUUUUAGAGGAGCUCGGCCGCUUGUACGAGCAGAACCGCAAGACAGGCUGUGGAUCUGUCUGGGUGACCCUGAAGCGAACAUUCCCUGCGCUUGACGGUGUCCGCGGCUUAAAGCGUAAACGAGCCCUGCAGGACGAGGAUAAGAGUCAGGCAAGCGUGUGUCUGAUACGCGCUACCAACGGAAGAAAGAAGAUUUCUACACAGGCAAGUAUUUACACCGCACUCAAAGAAAUUCAGUUUAGUGGCGCGCUCAUGGGAGUCGUGCGGCUAAAUGCUGAUGAACUGCGGCCCGCACAGCGAGCUCCAAGGAAAAAGGUCAAUCCGGAGGCACAACCCAGCGACGCCGCCUGUUCACAAGGCAACAAGAGAAUGCGAAUGCACCAGAAACCGUCUGCCGGGGACGAGGAACAGCGAGCGACAGACUCGCGGAAGGGGAAUCGUGGUAUGGAGAAGAGGGAAGAUUGUGCGACUGAGAAUGUAGGCGGGUGUAACGUUGGCAUCAGGCCACGAUAA